UAGACAUAAAAUGAAUCCUAAUUACCUACCCAAUAGUCCUUCUCUAGAUUUUAAUCAUUCUUAUUUUUAAUAUAUUCUAUUGUACCUGAAAUUAUAUGGACAUUUACACAUGUGAAUAUGCCACAUUUAAAUUAUUUUCUCUAAACAAUUAGUAAACAUUCAAAGCAUGUCAUUUUGGAGUGCUGACCAAGAAAGUGUGGUUGAAGAUCAGUCUGAAUUUGUAUCGGGCUUCCCUAAGAAUUCAUCGAUCAAAAUUGAUUCAACAUCAAAAUUACAAGUCAUCCAAGCCUUGGAUAAUGGUCAGUGUAAAUCUGAUAUUGCUAGAGAAUAUGGUGUGCAUCCUCAGACUAUAUCCUCUAUUUACAAACAGAAAGAGUCUAUAAUAAAAAAGUAUAACCACAAGUACAACCUUUUAAAAAAAAUUUGCAGCAUUAAUCUUGAACAAAAGCUUCUUGACUGGUUUGAAGAACAGACAAAAAUUGGGAAUGAUAUUACAGAUGAUCAUCUCCGCAUUAAAGCACAAGACUUACUUGAGGGUUUAAGUGAAGAAUUCACUUGCAUUGAUGAUUGGCUAUGCAGCUUUCGUACAAGACAUAAUAUUUCAAAAUACACAGUGGACAAUGUAUGUAAUGUAAAAGCUAAAGAAGAUUGGAAAAAUUUUCACAACAGUUUGGAAACCAAAUAUGUUUACAUUGGUGGUGUUUGUGCAUUGUCACAUAGUCUUGACGUCAAUGGCUUCUUAAGUGGACAGGAUGCUGAUAGUUAUGUUUCUUUAAUGUUCACAGUAAAUAUUCUAGGUUCUGACAAGAGAGAAUUAGCAGUUGUUGGCAAAGAUUUAAUGGACACAGAAUCCCAUGUGAGAAGUUUGCCAGUUAACUAUUACUAUUGUGCUAAUUCCCAAAUAAAUUAUUCUGUAGUCCUUAGUUACUUAACAAAAUGGGAAAAUGAAUUAGCAUCCAAAGGAAACCACGUUUUUUUAGUAUUGGACAUACCAGAAAGCUUGAUAGAAAAUCUUUGUUUUGAUAAUAUUAGAAUAAUUGGUACUAGAAAUCUAAGAUAUGUUAAAUCAAUUUUAGAAAAGAUAGUUGAUUGUUAUAAGUAUCAAUAUAGAAGACUACAGAUUAGUAGAACUUUAACUUAUGGAAAAGACAACACUUCAUUUAUGGAAUACAUUCAUAUGAUUGGUAUGGCAUGGUAUAACACACCUGAAAAAUAUAUCAGAAGCUUAUGCUUCCCUCCUGGAGAUGGCAGUCUAUACUUUAAUGUGAAAGAAGAUAGUGACACUGACCAUAGUAUAUCCCGAUGGUGCAAGAUUUAUAAUGUUCCAAUGAAUUUAGAAAAUUGCUCAGAAACAUUAGAUAAAUAUAUUUUUUGUGACAGUAAACUGCCUUGUUUUUACUGUGGCCAUUUGGAUGAAAGUAUGCCAGCUACUGAAGUGUUAACUCAAAAAGUGUGCCACUCAACUUCAGGAAUGGAGGCAUAUCAGGCAAUGAAAAGGAUUGUGUCAUAUCUUCAAGCAGAAAGUGCAGGAACUUCUAUCAUGAAAUAUGCCAAAUAUUUGGAAAAUCAUCUUGAAUAUGGAGCACUUUUGCAAAUGCACCAAAUUAUAGCUAGUUCUAAUAAUCCCAUUUAAUAAAAAAUAUAUUGUUGCAUUAUAAA